AUGCAAGUAGCAACUGGUUUUCUUUUCAAUUGUAUGCUUUUAAUUUUCGGAGUUUCGUCAACAAAUUAUAAUCAAGUAAAACUUCCGAAAAAUGAUUUCCAAUAUAUUAUUAAUAAUUUACAAAUUAAAUAUAAGUUGAAUUAUGAAGAUGCGAAAAGGUGUGUUACAGAAUUAGAACAUUUUUAUACUGGUAUUAAAUAUAAAAUUAUUGAUAAUGUGUUAGAUCAUCCAUCAACAGCAAUUAAAAAUGCAUGGGAAUCACAUAUUAUUUAUACAUCAAUGUAUUUUAAUUUUACUCAUUCAACAUUUGGUACAUAUGUUCAUUAUCAACCGAUAGAACACGAUAAAGGACAAUUAAAUAUAUACAACAAACUCAAAACAUUUGGAAUAAAUAAUAUGAAUGAAACAGUUUGGCUAUUGAAAACCUUACAACAACAAGAACAUUAUUCAUCAUUGGCAACGUGGAAUACUUAUUACAUGGAAUCAAACACUUCUUUAUCAAAUUUUAAUCAAAAGGAAAAUAGAUUUCUGAAAAAUUUUAUAGACGAAUAUAAACCAUCAUUUCAUGACUUUCAAAUAUUAGAUAUUGCUAUGGGACAAGGACGAAAUUCAAUUUGGCUUGCACAAAAAGGUUACAAUGUAACAGGAUUUGAUUCAUCUAUUGAAGGUGUACAAAUAGCUAAAAAACAGGCAAAACAUUUCAAUCUGACUACAUUACAAGCAUAUGUAACAACAAUCGAAGAGUUUCAUUUUGACGUUGAACAAUGGGAUUUAAUUAUAUGUAUGUAUUUUCCAAUAAUAAAUCAAACUAAUUACUUAAGAAGAAUAGAGCAAUCAUUAAAAUAUAAAGGUUUAUUAAUAGUUGAAGUUUUUCAUUGGAAUAGUUUAAAUGGUGACUAUAUAAUUCCACUAGAUAUUACCUAUAGAACAAAUUCUAUACCAUUAUUAUUUCCAAAUUUAACAACUCUUAUAUACGAAGAACCAACUGAUUAUAGUGACUUUGGAAAUAAGCUAACAAAAAUUAUUCGAUAUGUUGGACAAAAGCAUACUACAAUAACUAUUAAAUUAAAACAAACAUAUUCAUGGGCAAAUUAUCUUUGGCCAUGUUUAUCAGUAUCUGGUUUUCUUAUCGACACACUCGAUUGUCUAGCAGGUUGUGACUCUAUUACAACAAGUAUUUAUGUAAAAGGUACUUGUAUUAAUUAUGAUUUUGGCUUAAAUUCAUGGAGUUUAGCAACAUAUAUUAAUUUAGCAGUACGUAGUGAUAAUGGACAAAUUAAUUCAUCAUCAAUCACAAGCAUGUCUCCACUAAUCACUCUACCUGUUAAUACACAACAAAUACUUCGUAUUCCAAUGACAGAUAUUGAUAAUGAUAUUAUUAAAUGUCGAUGGGCAAAUAGUACAUCUAUAGUAGCUUCUAUAACUAUCGAUGAAUGUGGUGGUAUUUGUCAAAAAAUACCUAGUGCUUAA